CCGCCCCCUCCUGGGUACCAGUCGGCGCUCCCAGGCCCUGGCGGCGGAAGAGAUGCAGCCGCGUCACCAGCGCCCGGCCCCUUAAAGCGCUGCUGGCUGGAGCCGCCUUCCUCCCUGCAGCCCGCAGCGGGGAUGGAGUAAAGGGAAGCCCGUCGACCUGCCCGCGGGGAUCCGCGAUGGAGUUAAAGCAAUCUUUGUCUACCCAUCUGGAAGCGGAGAAGCCUCUUCGGCGCUAUGGGGCGGUGGAGGAGACGGCUUGGAAAGCGGAGGGACUGGGGCGAAGUCAGCUGGACAUCAUCUCCAUGGCAGAGACGACCAUGAUGCCCGAGGAGAUCGAGCUGGAGAUGGCCAAAAUCCAGCGUCUUCGGGAAGUCCUGGUCCGCCGGGAGUCUGAGCUCAGGUUUAUGAUGGAUGACAUCCAGCUUUGUAAUGCCAUCAUGGACCUGAAGCAGGAGCUGCAGAACUUGGUCGCCAUCCCAGAAAAAGAGAAAACCAAGCUGCAGAAACAGCGAGAGGAUGAGUUAAUCCAGAAGAUCCACAAACUGGUGCAGAAGAGGGACUUCCUGGUGGACGAUGCCGAGGUGGAGCGGCUGCGCGAGCAAGAAGAAGACAAAGAAAUGGCUGAUUUCUUGAGACUCAAGUUAAAACCUCUAGAUAAAGUAUCCAAACCUCCAGCCAGCUCCCGAGCAGAGAAGAAAGCAGAGCCCCCACCUAGCAAACCCACAGUGGCCAAGACCGGGCUGGCGCUCAUCAAGGACUGCUGCGGGGCCACCCAAUGCAGCAUCAUGUAGCCCGCCCCCUGACGUGGGGUGCCCCCAAGGCCAUGGGGACGCCCCCCUCCCACCCUCUUGUCUUCAUAGCCCCCAUUUCACUGGGGCUCAGGAGCUCGCCCAGGCAGAAGGGGUGGAAGUGAGCCCGUGACUGGCGCCGGGGCCCU